CAGUGCCAUCGAGCUGGUUGGCUGCAGAGCAAGUUUUGUUCGUUGAACGUUAUUUAAAUGCUCAACUUAUUCUUAUAGUGACAAACAACAUCGAAUUAGUGUUCAGUAAUCUUGCUAAAGUAAACCAAUGCAGCUUAGUAAGUGUGUUCGUGUGUGGGCGUGCGCGACAGUGAAUCAAAUUACACAAGUGUAAUCGCGAAAAAUUUUACGACCUAAACAAGUAUUGAUUUUUUCAUAGAAAAAGUCUCGCGAGCAUUUUCUAUUGUUGUUGCUGGUGUUGUUGUGCGCGCUAGUAAACUACUUAUGCAUACAUAGUGUUGCUCCUUAGUAAAGAACCUACAUAGAUAAAGAGCAGAACUGCCAAGAAAAUUUCAAACAACGAAAUCGACCAGCAAGCAGUAAAUUUCCACAAUUUUGUAAUUAACUACAAUUGUGCUGCCUACCUACAACAGACCCCCGUUAACUCCCGCCGAGCCACUUGAAAUUGUUACUGUUGCUGAAAGUGCGUCAAAGCAGAAGACAAGCAGAACUAAGAGCGUCAGAAAGCGCACUAAAAGUUUUAUCAGCGUAUGAAAUCCAAAUACAAAACUGAGCAGGCUAAGUAAUUGCAAGAGUGAGAGUGAGAGAGUGACACACAGUCAUAAUUCUAAAGAGAGCACAUAAAACACGAAAGAAAGAAAACGUAAGCAAAAGAAAUUAAGAACUAUGCCGCAGUCAGAGGGCGGCUAUGUAUCGCUGCCAGCGAUGAAUGGCAAUGGCAAUGGCAGCGGCAGCGCCAUCUAUCAAUCCACCACAGAACCACAGGCAGCGUCGCCCACCUCCGUGUUUGAGAGCAUGAAGCGUGCAAUUGGUCAGGCGAUCAAAUCAUCGCCAAGCGAUAGCGAAGAGCUGGUACGCAUGGAGCAGCGACAGCCAGCCAUUGUUGGUGGUGGUGCCAGAGACCGCGACAAAACUGGUAAGACACUGAACACCAAGAUGCCAUCAGCACCAACACACACUGCCGAGGAGGCACAUCUGCUGGGCACUAUGCCCGUUGAUCCAAUGGAUGAUAUCGAAUUGCGCUCUGUGCAGCUGCAAUUUCCCAAUGCACGCGGCUCCAUUCUGGAGGCCUGCGAACAGCGACGUGUGCCCACAGAUAAGGGCGAUAUACAUGUGGCCAUACAGGGUGAUACCUCAAAGCCGGCCAUAGUGACCUACCAUGAUUUGGGACUCAACUAUGCCACCAGUUUUGCUGGCUUCUUUAAUUUCCCAGUGAUGCGUGGACUGCUGGAAAACUUCUGUGUGUACCAUGUAACGGCACCGGGACAGGAGGAGGGUGCACCAACACUACCAGAGGACUAUGUGUAUCCAACCAUGGAUGAUCUGGCCGCACAGUUGCUUUUUGUGCUGUCGCAUUUUGGCCUCAAGUCGGUGAUUGGCUUUGGUGUUGGCGCUGGAGCUAAUAUCCUGGCAAGAUUCGCCCAUGGACAUCCGGAUAAGGUGGGCGCACUCUGUCUGAUUAAUUGUGUGUCGACGCAGUCGGGAUGGAUCGAAUGGGGCUAUCAGAGUUUCAAUGCGCGUUUCUUGCGCACCAAGGGCAUGACACAGGGCGUCAUCGAUUAUCUGAUGUGGCAUCAUUUUGGACGCAAUCCGGAGGAGCGCAAUCAUGAUCUGGUGCAGAUGUACAAGCAGCAUUUUGAGCGUGGUGUCAAUCCCACAAAUCUGGCCAUGUUGAUCAAUGCGUAUAUUCAUCGCAAUGAUUUGCAUUUGGCACGCACACCACCUGGUACACCCGGGGCUGAAACGGCAGCUACCACCCUGAAGAUGCCAGUUAUUAACAUAACCGGUUCGCUGUCACCACAUGUAGACGAUACGGUGACAUUCAAUGGUCGCUUGGAUCCAACAAACUCAUCCUGGAUGAAGAUAUCCGAUUGCGCCAUGGUGCUGGAGGAGCAACCAGCCAAGUUGGCUGAGGCCUUUCGGCUAUUCUUGCAAGGCGAGGGCUAUGCAACGCCUCUGUCAACGCCUGCUAGCUCUCCCUGUGGCACCAAAUAUCACACCUACUCAUCGAUAUUCUUUGCCAACUUUCGUGAGCAACAAUUGCAAGCUGCUCAGGAGCGUGAGCGAGAUCGCCAGCGACAGUUGAGCAUGCGCGUCGGCAAUCGACUAAGAGAGACGGCCAUCAACUGCAGCGGCGGCGGCACUGACAACAACAAUGCAAAUGACCCGACAAGCGAAGAGGAUCUGGAUGUGGAGAAUGGCAAUGGGAAUGGGAAUCGGGCAUAUGUGACCACUGAUACAUCCGGCACGCUCUACUAUGGCACACAAAGCAACAAGAUACGCAUCACUGAGAACCCACUGCCCGAGCCGAUUAGCUCUUAGAUUGUUAAAUUCUACACUAACACACAUACAAAACUCACACUGACAUCCAAUCAAAGGGAGAAAGAUUCGAUACACACACAAACACUGUUAUUGUUGUUAUAAACUAUACAUAUAAAA